AGUGAAAAGCUGCAUAGUAUAACUCAUUAUUAUUCAAUCUAACUUAGCUUCCAUAAAAGAUCCUUUGAAUUAUUGAAUAACACAUCUUCAUAUCAUGGGCGCUCUUGGAACAGUUGUAAGAAAUUUCUACACAAUAGCAGGGCCUGGAGUGAUGCUUCUUUAUCCCUUAUACGCAUCAAUAAGGGCGAUUGAGAGUCCUUCAACCUUAGAUGAUCAUCAAUGGCUAACUUACUGGGUUUUAUACUCCUUCGUCGAACUCUUUGAGCUUUCAUGUUAUAAUAUUCUAGCAUGGUUUCCCAUAUGGCCAUACAUGAAGCUUGUGUUUUGCAUUUGGCUGGUACUGCCAAUGUUCAAUGGUGCUGCUUUUAUAUAUGAGAAUUAUGUGAGGCAAUAUGUGAAGAUAGUAAGCUAUGGAAGUUACAAGGAUUCAGAUCAAGACAAGAGGAAGGACCUUCAAAUGUUGAGCAUUGAUGCAAAAAAAUCUGUUGAACGCUACAUAGAGAGAUAUGGUCCUGAUGCAUUUGAGAAAGUUGUCAAAGCUGCUGAGAAAGAAGCUUGGAGGCACUGAAGAUUGAUUUAACCAAGUUGAUAUCUUAUUAGGAUUUUAUAAACGUUGUGUAAUCAUUGUUUUUGUUGCAUGUGUUAUUAUGCACAAAAAUAUUAUGUAAUCCUUAACUAUACUUUGUUUAAAUUGCAACAAUCUUGAGGUUGAUACUUUAAAUUAUAUUAUA